AGCAAAACGGGAUGAAGAAGCAAAUAGGGCAGUGACAACACUUCCACACAUGGGCUUUUGUUUCGUGCUGUCGCCGGUCACGUGGGUCGACCUUCCGUUUCCACAAUGGCGGUAUCAGUCAGUCGGACCCGGGACCGAGGGAGGACGCAGAGGUCUCGUCAGCAGGAAUUCUCUGUCAAUCUCUGCCAACCCUUCCGUGAGCCACACCCUCCCGCCGAGUCAACAGCGAACCCACACCCACAGCCACAGCCUGGGCUCGGAACCGCACUCGGGCUGGAGCCGGAGCUCGCCUCUCACGCAUCCGACCAGCCACAGUCAAAGUGGGCUCCGCGAAAGACCCUCACCUCGGGGAGAACAUGGUGCAGGGGCGUGGGGGGUUCGGUGCUCCGUCUGAAGUCGGGUUGGUUCCGAGGAUCGCAGAGAACUCACUUUCCCCUCCGCAGCGGAGCAGCGGCAGCACGAGCUUCCGCGUUCAUGGGCGACCACGCCCCCCGCCCGGUGACGUGACUCGCUGCUGCCGCCGGCAGCGCCGCCCCGUCAGAAGUCAGUGCGUGUGUGUACCUGGUGUAGCUUUGCUUGCGAGGACCCCACAAGGUCUGGUCCAGAGGAUCAGCUUUAUUGCCAAGUAAGUGUUAACAUAGAGGGAAGUUGUUUCGGCCCGACGGUGUCUCAAGAAGGAAACAGAAGAAUAUACAGUACAUUUACAGAGAAACACUCACAAUAAUAAUGAGCAAUAAAAACACUGUGCAGACUGGAAGUGCAAAAAGCAGGAAAGGGCUGAGGUGUUUUGAGUAGUCAAGCGUUCAAGAUGGUGAUGGCUGAGGGGAGGAAACUCUUUGUGUGUCUGGGGCUCUGUAGCACCUGCCGGGGGGGGGAUCCUGGAUGAUGUUCUCGGCCCGCUUCCUGUCCUGUUGUGUGGCUGCUGCCAACCGCACGGUGAUGGGAGUGGACAGGAACGACUGGAUGAUGGCUGUGUGGAACUGACACAACAGCCCUUGAGACAGCCCCUGUCUCUUCAGUUGACGCAGGAAGUCCAUCCUCUGCUGGGCCUUCUUCAAGAUGCAGGUGAGAUUGUGGAGCCUAGGAACUUGAAGGAGUUCACGGCCGGAUGAGAGGCAGACUGUGUGUGUGUGUGUGUGUGUGUGUGUGUGUGUGUUUUCAGUCACUCGGAGUGACUGACAGAUGAGCUCAGAGACACCAGGGCGGUCCACGGCGACGGCGGACGGGUCAGAACAAGCCGCGUCCAGAACUGGACCGGACCACUGAGGCCCACAGACAUGAGACCGAACGGCGCCAGGGCUCGGCACCAGCAGGAUGAGGAUCCACGCCUCUGCUCUCCAUCUGACUGAGCAGCACACGGUCGCCAGUGAGAAGGGACCUGUCACCAGGUGAACAUGUAUGACUCAUUGAAAUGAGUUUGCUUCCAACAGCUUCAGUCGAACCGGACUCAAAACCAACACAAAUCAAGCUUUCCUACGCCUCAGCGUCUCUACCGUAAACAUGGAAAUAAACGCGCAGGUUUGUGCCGGCGCAGAACCGAAAGUGGAACAAAGCGUUCAUGCACGCCUCUUACGACCGCCCGGGACGGUAGAGAACCUCUGCCGUUUGGGCUCCGGGGACGCAAGACGACGACGCCCGCCGCGGGAGCGCGCACGGCACCUGGCUCGCGCCUGAAACCUGAGCCGUGUCGGCCCCAGGACCGCCAGGUGCGCCACUUCUCGACAACAGCCGGAAGAAAAACAUCCACGUCACGUGAGCUCACUGGCGGCUGUAAUUGGACACCGCGCCGCCGCCGCUCGCCUCUGAUUGGUCAGCACCCGGAGACCGCAGGGAGGCGGCGCCACUGCGCUAUAUAAACGGAUGUCAACAAAGAGGCGACAGACGAGCGGCGGAGACGCGGCCCGGCUGAACUUUACUGGAUGUGCGUGUGUGUUCGAACAGGUCCGGACCCGAGGCUGACUGAGGCGGGAAAGCCACUCUGAAGCGAAUGAAGAAGCAUCUCAUCUUUCACUUCACGUACAGAGGUCUUCUCACCAAAGGAAAGAAGAGUAAAAGAAGAAAAUGGACUAUCAGUUGCGCAAAGCGGAACCAAAGGACGUGUCGCAUAUAUUACGACUGGUGAAGGUAGGCUGAACCCGGGCUGGCCGGUGACGUCACAGACGGUGGCCAUCGAACGUGACCUGAUUACUGGUUGCGUAACGUCUUGACAUAAACAACUAGUCGCAGCGUCUCGAGGUACUUCCGGUUUGUGGGUCGAGCUGGAGUCGUCGAAGAUCGUCUGAGAACCUCCAGGGUAGAACAAACGCACUUGGUGUCGCGCGGACUGCAGACCACGGUCAGACCCGGGACACCUGGGGUUCCGGGUCUGAGGGGGGUGACGUCACUGAACUUGCCAAGUACGAGCAGAUGGAGGAGCAGGUGACGCUGACGGAGAAAGAGCUCCUGGAGGACGGGUUCGGCGACACACCCUUCUACCACUGCGUCAUCGCGGAGGUCCGGGGAGACACCAGCGCCGACGAUCCCGUCGUGGGCUUCGCCAUGUACUACUUCACGUACGACCCUUGGGUGGGCAAGCAGCUGUACCUGGAGGACUUCUUCGUGAUGGCCGAGUACCGAGGUCUGGGCAUCGGCUCCGGGAUCCUGCGGCAUCUGAGCGACCUGGCUAUGAAGACGCGCUGCACCGGAAUGAUGUUCGUGGUGGCGGAGAACAACGAGCCUUCGCUGCAGUUCUACAAGCGUCGCGGCGCCGAGGACCUGUCGCAGGAGGAGGGCUGGAGGCUCUUCCGCUUCAACAAGGACAGCCUGGUCAAGAUGGCCACGCCCCCCGAGGAGUGACGCCACGCCCCCCUGUGGACAGAGUCGGUAACGGGCAUUUGAACAGUCGCGCGAGCCUCUUCUGUAGUGUUGACAUUAAAGCUGGUUCACA